CGCAGUUGUCCCCCCACCCCCCCCCGGCUGACCAUAUUGUCACGAUUGCCUAGCAUGGGCUGGGUCGGAGUCGCAACGCUGAUUGCGGCUGCAUGUUAUCUGAUUUACCGACAUCCGCCUGCAACGUGGGCGCCUCAGCCUCAACCGCCACCAGAGAAGGCAUCCGCGGGGCCUCCCUCCGUUGAGAGCAUCAAGGACGCUGCAGAGCGUCUUCAGUCAGAUCUCCCUACGGAGGAUUCCCAGAGCAAUCAGAGCACCCCUAAAGCGUCUGCGUCGACCGUUCCCUCUCUAGAGAUCCCUUCCCUGCGCCUGGAGGACGAGCCCGAAGCCAAAGUCGUUCCACGCGACGAGCAAACCCGCAACCAUGGACCGAUGAACCCCUUAUCCCCUCUGUCAACAGGAGCAACACCAACAGCCGAACCCAAUCCCAAACCGAGCCAGAGCAAUGGAAGCCUUAUGCCUCCUCCCCCGCGCCCGGUCCCACAAAUCCUCCCUCCCUCUUCCUCCUCCUCGCCAUCCUGGACCGCGUCGGCAGCUUCCUCCGCCAAAACCACUUCCAUGCCGCCGCCUCCCCUCCCCCGACUCCGUCCGACAGUCACCCAACAACCGCAGCAAUCCCCAUCCUCCGUGACCGCAGGACGCUACCCUCCCCGCCCGAACGCCGGCGCGGGGGCAGCGGGGGCCCUCCGGCCGCCGCCAUCGGCCGCCUCCUCCCUGCGCGCACCACCCACAAGCAGCUCCUCCUCCUCCCUCGCCCCGACCAAACUCCUCGCGAAGCCUCCGUCCUCCUCAUCAAAGAAGCAGCACAUUCUCCAGCCGGGGUACUCGCCGCUGGACUGGGCGGCGCUGACCGCGAACCCGAACAACAACCUGCGGGGGGCGAACUUGCCGCCCACACUGAUUCGGGUGACCCCGUCGAUGCUGAAGGCGCAGAACGGCCGUAAGGGAGCCGACGCAUGGACGUCCUACCAGGGGAAGGUGUAUAACAUCACGCCGUAUCUGCCGUUCCAUCCGGGCGGGAAGGGGGAGCUACUGCGCGGGGUGGGCAAGGACUCCGGGAAGUUGUUUAUGGAGAUCCAUCCGUGGGUGAACUGGGAUGCGAUCUUGGGGGAGUGUUUGGUGGGUAUAUUGGUGGCGGAGACGGAGAGUGGGGGUGAUGAUUCGAAUGUGUUGGAUGCGAUGGAUUGAGUUGAUUGAUACCCUAGACUUGAGCUGGUGGGAUUUUAUUGGUGUUUAGUUAUUACCUAGUAGUCAC